AAUGAAAAAAAAUAAUAAUUUGUCAUUCUGUUUGUGAACAAUAGGCGCCAAGGUACUUCCGGGUACAAACAAUCACCCAAAAAAAAUAUAUUUGGGGUUGUACCGCCUACAUACCCCAAAAAGGUAGUGAACACGUCGGUGAGGAGGAUAAAUCGUACCUUGAGUGACCACUUCAAAAGGGACAGACUGGGAAUCAAACCUCCAUAAUCGGGUUUGUGAGAAACUCUUUCUCACAGGAAACCGGAGUGCCCGGGGAAAACCCACACGGGCACGGGGAGAACAUACAAACGGCACACAGGCGGGGAGAUCACAAGAUGGCGCCAGCUCCAUCGCGGGUAACUAAUCAGCGAAGAAAAAGAAGACGAGGAAGAAGAAGAACGAAAGUGAACGAAGAAGAAAGGUAAACAAAUUCGAUUGAAAGUGUUAGCCUGCCGUCGCGCAUGAGUUCUCAUGAUGCUUGCAAGGAUAUCGCACUGAUGAAAAAUGGCAUCUCGGUUCAAAGCCAUAAUCGGCCUCCACAGAUUAUUCUCUCUUCAAAAAGCCUUUAAAUGCGUGACAGUACAGUGCGCGACAGUCUUCCCUCUCCAGAGGUUUAACAGUGUGACCCCCAACGAGAAUGAGCCCAAAGCUUCUGUGAACCCUGAGAAUGAGUCCUUGCUGGAGAACUUGAAUCUGUUGGGGGUGGAUGUGAAGAUGGCACGCCAACGUCAACCAGGUGUGUUCCGUAGGGUCUUCACCAAUGAGCAGUGCCUGGCUAAGUUCCUGCAGGCCAAAGGUGCCAGCCGCCAGACCGUGGCUAGCAUCAUAUCGCGUUACCCGCGUGCCAUCACGCGCUCCCUGGAGUAUCUGGAGCAGCGCUGGCAGCUGUGGAGGAACAUCUUCCAGACUGACGAGGAGAUUGUGAGCAUCCUGGACCGCUCGCCUGAGUCCUUCUUCCGCUCCAGCGACAACAGCAAAUUGGAGAAGAACAUAGCCUACCUCUCUUCGCUGAAGCUGAGCAACAAGGACCUCCACCGGCUGCUCGCCACUGCGCCGCGCACCUUCUCCAACAGCCUGGAGCUCAACAGGCAGAUGGUGGAGUUCCUGGAGGACGUCUGUGUCGAGCUCGGCGGGACUGGUCCCGAGGAGUUCGCCAAAGCAAUCAUAUCCAGAAACCUCUACGUCCUUAUCCGUAGCACAAAGAGAAUCAAGGCCAACAUUGAUAACCUGCGAGCGGCUCUGAAACUGAGCGACGCCGAGCUCCUGGUCCUGCUUCAAGGGUCCGGUGCAAAAAUCCUGGACCUGUCCAACGAAUACCUGAAAAAUAACAUGGCCAGCCUUCAGGAGAGGUUGCUUGUGUUGGGCUGUAGCAAAGAGGAUGUCAAAACGCUGAUCGUCGGCUAUCCGAUGGUUCUGUACAUCGGGGCGACGACGCUGAGCAUUAAACUGGACUGUCUCCUCAAGGGAGGAAUCACAAUGGAGCAGAUACUGAAGAAGCCCAAGGUUUUGGACUACAGCACGCAGAAUGUCACAGCCAGAUUAGAGGAGCUUCAUGAGAUCGGCUAUAACUUCAAGGCGAACGGCAUCGGCAUCCUGGACUUGAGUCAAAAGCGAUUUGCGGCCAAGAUAGAGAAACUAGUGACUUCCCCCGAUUAGUAAAUUGUUGUCCAUUAAAAGUGGCUUCCAGAUCGUAUAACUAUAGCUGCCACAAGAUGGCGGCAAAGUACUUUUAUUUUCUAUUAGAGAGGGAGUCACCUACCUUUUCGAAAGUGAGAGCUACUUCUUGGGUACUGAUUAAUGCAAAGGGAUACCAAUUUCAUACGCACUUCUGAAAUAUCAAAUUUGUGCUCAAAUUACUUUUAAUAUGCUGUGAUAUGUGUUGACGCUUCAUAAUUAUCGAUUUAACUAGGGAGGAAGCAAAUAAAUAUCAAUAUGCACCACUUUAUUUCAACAAAUCUCUUCAAAUGUUUACAUUUUAAAGUGACUACUUCUACAAUAUUCCUAGGAAAUCACAAUGUCCCAUCAUUUUGGCCCGAAGCUCCUCUCUUUUCAACAAACUAAUUGCUUGGCCCCAAGAUGCCACAAGGUGGCGCCAAACCGGUGAGUUUUUCAGGGAAUAACAGAGUAUAGGUACCCCCCAAAAAUCUGGGGAUUCUGAACCGUGAAUAUGUGGGUGUUUAGUGUAACCAUAAAUAUACACCAAACUAUAAUUUCAAAUAGCUUAAUUAACAUUGUACAACAUUACCUGACUUUGUUUUGAAAAAUGCACCACAUUGUACAACAUUACCUGACUUUGUUUUGAAAAAUGCACCAGAAGUGCGCAUGAGUCUCUGUCACUCCCCUAACAACUGAGGCUAAAUUGAGCUCUUCCCCACAUACAAAGCUUGUCUCUUAGUUGAGAUUUAUCAUUUCAACAUACUUCCUUGACAGCAAUUUCUGUAAGUGUUUUCCAUUUAGGCAGGGGUUUGGUGGCAUCUUGGGGUGUUUCACAAAGCGGACAAAAAUUGCUAAUAGAUAAGGAAAAAAUGUGAAUAGGUGAAUUAUAAAUAUUAAACUGUGAUGAUACAGGGGAUUACUUUAUAUCAUUGAGAAACAUUCAAUAUCACAAGAAUAUGUCAAGAAUCUUUACAAUAAACCUCAUUAA